AUGUUACGAUUGUUCUUGCUGGCAUAUCUGGCUGGCAACAUUGUCGAAGGACAGCGAGCGUUGAUCUACGUUCAGGCCAUUUGGCGCCACGGUGAUCGCGCUCCCAAAAAACUUCCAUAUCCGAAAGACCAGAACACAGAAGCUUCGUGGCCUCGUGGAUGGGCACAGCUCACCAAUCUUGGGAUGCAAGAAAUGUACGAUUUGGGCAGCUUUUUUCGGAACCGAUACAAAUACUUUAUUGGCGAAAGAUUUGAUAUGGAAAAAGUAGGACACAAUCACAUAAUUUUUAGUAGCAUCUCAUUUCUUUCUUUAGUUAAAGUUAUGGUUAAAUCCACAAACAGUGAAAGAGCCAUUGUUAGCGCUCAAGCUUUCCUUCGUGGGAUGUUUCCAGCCAACGGAUCAGAUGCUUGGUUAGAAGGUGAAGCGUGGCAACCACUCCCGUUUUAUUCGAGAACUCUUGGAGAUUCUGAUGCUAUCUUGAAACCAACUGACUGGAAGUGCAGUUUAUACGACAAAGUCUCAAAGCAGCAAAAUAAAGAUGUUUUCAGUAAAUUGGAAGAAAAAUACGCUGACUUUUUUCUUUUCUUAAAAAAUGUUACUGGUUUCAAGAAAGUUGACCUUGACAAAGCUGCUGCAUUAAACAACAUCGAGAAAGAGAUCAUUCAUAAACUACCUCAACCAGACUGGGUUUAUAAACGGUGGCCUGAGUACAUGAAUCAAACAACAAUAGAAAUUAUCAUGGAACUAAAAAGAAUUAGGCAAAUUAAUGCUUUCAACUCGCCGGAAAAGGCUCGGCUUCGAGGUGGCUUACUGUUAGGAGACUGGAUUUCAAGAGCUACUAAUAUAUCCCACGACAUGUCAAUUCGUCCUUCAAAAAUGAUUCUUUAUUCCACACAUGACGGUACCAUUUCGUCUUUGAUGUACGCACUAGGUAUCGGUGACGAAAAACUUAUUCCAUAUGCCGCCUGUCUUAUAAUGGAAAUUUAUAAAACGCCAGACAACAGCAGUGAAAUAAGGGUAAGCAUAUUCUGCAGCCUUGUUAUCAGGAUUUUUAAGAUAAAAUUCAUUCUAAGUUAGAA